AACGAACCGACUCCCGUCGAAAUUCACAAUCGCACAAAAUGGACUCUGCUAAGGCCCCCGUCAACCUCGUCAAGGUCACCCGUGUCCUUGGCCGAACCGGCUCCCGUGGUGGUGUCACCCAGUGCCGUGUCGAGUUCAUGAACGACCAGACCCGUUCCAUCAUCCGCAACGUCAAGGGCCCAGUCCGCGAGAACGACAUUCUCUGCCUCCUCGAAUCCGAGCGUGAGGCCAGGCGUCUGCGAUAAGCCCGCAAACAACUCUCGGGGAAAAAGGGAAAGCGGCAUUUUCUACAUUCGGUUACCGGAGUUCUUUGCGAAAGCUAUGGGCAUCUAUACGGACUUCACGAGGAUGGACAAUAUGAUGGCGUAGUGUUUCUUGCUAGCGCUGCGGAAGCGGAGGAUGGGGAUGAG